ACAUGUCAUUUUCUGAAGUAUUCAUUCAUAAACACUUUCUAACAGGUGCAAACUCAGACAAAUAUUUAUGAAAACCAAGAGCAUCUAAAUUGGACUGUCAAUAACAGAACUCUUUUAAUCACGGUGCCUUGAACUUGUAUAUAGUAAGCAAUAAGCUACAGUCUAAUCCCAUCAAAGCAGUGCAAAAUGGCAUUGCAGCAGUACCUUCAUGCAUGCAAAUAUGUCUCUCUAAACAAAAUUUACAUGACACAAUCAUCCAAGAAUGGCCAGAAGGAGAGUUUCCAAGAGGUGGCAACAAGGAAAGGAAAGUCUCCGGCGGAGGAAUUUGCACCGCUUGCCACAACAUUCCAGCGGCGCCUACUUGUUGGUGUUGGUUCAGCUUCCCUAGUAGCUGUUGGAGCUAAUUUUGUUGGCUUAACAAGUUUUCUUCUGGGGUUGGCACCAGAGAGUGGUAGAAAUUUGAAGCUGGAUGUACUUUAUCCAAUUGAAGGAUAUAGUCGUCGCAUUGAAAAUAAUGAAGGAUUUGAGUUCAUAUACCCGGCAAGUUGGGUUGGAGAUCAAAGGUUGCUAUAUAGAGCAGCUGAGAGAUUGGAGAGAUCACUUGAUCCACUUCCCACCAACAAUCUGAAAUCUGGUAAUCGUCCCCGGAAGAAUGUGAACGAACCAAUUGUUGCUUAUGGUCCGCCUGGUUCAAGCGGGGAGCUCAAUGUCAGUGUCAUUGUGUCACCAGUUCCACUGGACUUCUCAAUUGAAACAUUUGGAGGGCCAAAAGAGGUGGGAGAAGCUGUGGUCCGAACGGUUACAGGACAACGUCCGGAAGUGAAAGGAACUUUGAUAGAAUCAACCGUGAGAGAGGAUCCUUCUAGGAAUGUCAAGUACUAUGAACUAGAAUUCAGAGUUGAAAGCCCCUCAUUCCAGCGGCAUAACGUUGCAGUUUGUUGUGCUCGUGGGGGUAGGCUGUUCACUCUAAAUGCACAAGCUGCAGAAUCAGCAUGGCCAGAGUUCAAAUCAGCCUUUUAUAGAAUUGCUAAUUCAUUUAAUCUUACCACUUGAUUAUGGAGUUUCCCUUUACCUUCUUC